AUGGCAUUAAUAACAGCAGCGGCGGCGACAGCAACAUGGAUGUACCUCGAUGCGAAAUACUCCAUCCGCAGCGACAUUGCUCAAAUCCGCGGAGGGUAUAGCGUCCAGAAAUACGUCCAAAAACUAUUCAAGAUCCAUGGCGAGCAUGAUUGGUCGUUCUACCACGUCCUCCACGCCACAUACGGCCUGAAUGACGAUACCGAAGCCCUGGUAUUCGAGUCGCGGAGCUGGACAUAUGGCCAGCUCCGAGGGGAGAUAGGACGACUGUCAGAGACCUUUCAGCGCAUGGGAAUCAAGAAUCGAACUGUCGUCGCCAUGUUUGUCAAUAACUCCCCAGAAUUCAUGUUUGCCUGGUGGGCGCUGUAUAAGCUCGGAGCCAUCCCGGCGCCGAUAAAUACGGCGAUUACGGGGGAGCAUAUCAGACAUUGUUUGAGGAUCAGUGAGGCGGAGUUCUUGAUUUCGACUUAUGAACUUUAUGGCAUUGUGGCGGGGACGUUGUUUUCAGACGACGGAGAAGGGGCGCGCUCGGAGUCCGAAAACUCGAUUCAUCCUGAAGUCCCGCUUCUCAAAGGAAUGGUUCUUUACGACUGUGAUACGUACUCAGCCACGGAGUGUGAGCUUUUGGCAGAAAGUGUAGUCCUUAUCAGACACAGCGAUCUUCCACCAGUAACUCCGGAGAUGGGUGAUUUCCCCAAGGCAUCCAGACCACACGUUGCUCUCGGUGAUACCGGUCAAUAUCUCUUCACGUCGGGCACUACCGGUCUACCAAAAGCGACAACCUGGCCUUCGGGAUAUAGUAUUGUGGGAACUUGCCCUGGCCGCCAUCCAGGCAUGAACGACAAAUAUCGCCGCUUCUAUAUCUGUUUACCCAUGUUCCACGGGACAGCAACGUUCGCAGCUCUACCAAACACCUUCUCCUCAUCCGGCACCAUCAUCCUCGCUCGCCGCUUUUCCCGCCGCCAAUUCUGGGACGACUGCCGCCGAUCCAACGCCAACGCCGUGCUCUACAUCGGCGAGAUGCUGCGCUACCUCGUCCAAGCCCCACCAGAUACCCAGUUCCCCGACGAGAAGAAAAUGCACAACGUCGACCUCGCAUUCGGUCUCGGAUUGGCACCAACGGUCUGGCGGCAGUUUCGCGAACGAUUCGGCGUACCGUGGAUCGUGGAGUACUACUCUGCCAGCGAAUCGACGGUGUCGUUGGUGAAUAGCAAUUUCAACGAUUAUGGGCUGGGGAAGGUGGCGCACUGGGGUCCGCUUAUGCGGAGUAAGUGGUUUGGCCAGAAUAGCUUUUUUAUUGUGAGGACAGAUAUCGAUACGGGUGAGGUGGUCAGAUCUCCGGAGACGGGGUUUUGCAUAAGGGCUGAAAUUGGGGAGAUUGGGGAGUCGAUUGUUAGGAUUGCGCCGCCGGUGCAGAGGAGGCAUGAUUAUGUUGGGGAAGGGGGGGUGGAGGCGACGAAGAAGAAGGUGUUGAAUGAUGUCUUUGAGAAAGGCGACGAGUUCUUUAGAUUGGGAGAUGCGCUCAUGAUAGACAAUGAUGGAUUCAUAUCCUUCCACGACCGUCUGGGCGACACCUACAGAUCAAAGGGCCACAACGUAUCUACCACCGAAGUCGAAGGUUCAUUCAGCAAGCAUCCCAGUGUUGCCUCGGUCAACGUCUACGGUAUCCCAAUGAACCACCACGGGUACGAUGGCCAACUAGGCUGUGCCGCUGUCACAUUCCGCAGCGACUCAUCGGGUGGUGAGCAAGAAAUCGUCCGGGAAUUGGAAAAGUGGCUCUUGACCUCGCAGGGCGCAUUGCCGGCCUACACUGUGCCAAGGUUUCUGCGAGUUCUCGUGGACACCGAAGGGACUAGUCAGGUUGGGAUGGGCGGUGGUGAUACGGGGCAGGAACGAGUGUCGUUGAUAAUGAAGAAAUUGAAGACGGGGCUCCGGAAAGAAGGCUUUUCAAUUCCGACAGGUUGUAAAGACAGGUUAUAUUGGAUUGAGAGAGAAGGGGCGGGGUUUGUGCCUUUCACAAAGGAGGCGGAGCAGUUGCUACUAUCGGGGAAGGCUCGUCUUUAG